GGGUCCCCUCGAAUGGCUCCCAACAUUGCCCUGGACCCACUCGCAGACUCCAGAAAAUUGGGUUCGAGUGCACGAGGCGGCAGAUGAAGCGUCGAGCGCAGAGUCCAUACGUGCGCGAGACUUUCCUCUAGUACUAGGGGUUGGAGAAAGGCUAGAGUUUGCCACUGGCUCAAACCUUGGGCAAGGUAUGGUUGGACCUUCUGGCUAGCAUCGUCGUCUGGUUUUCGCUCCCAGGACAAUUUUUUAUGCGCCGUUGGUAGGAGUCGCCGGCGGAGCCUUCAACAGACUCCAGUUUCCGUGAACGGCUUGCCGCGACCAUCGCGGCGAGAUGGAGCGCGCAGGCCUUCAGCUCGGCGCGCUGCUCUUGCUGAUGUGUCUCGCGUUCUCACGAAUCGACUGCGUUCCCCUCGCCAACUCCCAGGCGCAAGUCCUGCUGGACUGCCAGAGGGAGUGGAACACAACGAUUGAAGGCUGGAAGAUUGGUGGCGACUGCAAUAAUGCGACCAGCGUCACCUGCGAUGCCCAAGGCAUGAUCACCGACAUAACCCUGGAGUACAACAGCUUCAGUGGCACAAUUCCUGCUUCCAUUGGCAAGCUCACAAACCUUCGCACCUUGGAUCUGUUGGAGAACGGUCUGUCUGGGCCGGUACCAUCAACAAUCGGCAAUCUUCUGGCUUUGACCAGCUUAAUCCUUAGUCAAAACAGCUUUUCUGGCUCAAUUCCCGACUCCUUCAUCAAUCUCACCAACCUUGUUUUCUUGAGUUUUUGGCGUAACAAUAUGAGUGGGCCGAUACCAACAACAAUAGGCAAACUUCCAGCGUUGACAAAUUUAAUCCUCAACUACAACAGAUUUACUGGACCGAUUCCCGACUUCAUUAGCGAGCUCACACAGCUUCGUAGCUUGGCUAUUUCAGGCAACCAACUGACUGGCUCAAUACCAGCAAUAUUAAGCAACCUGCGGUAUUUGUUGAACUUCGACCUUGGCUACAACGGCUUUAUCGGCACAAUUCCUGAUUUCAUCAGCGUCUUGACAGAUCUUCAAAGCUUAAAGCUCAUCUCUAACAAUCUGACGGGCCCGAUACCAGAAGCCAUAAGUAAUCUUCGACUGUUGAACAACUUUGAGUUGAGCAAGAACAGAUUCACGGGCUCGAUUCCUGACUUCAUCAGCUUGCUCACGGGUGUGACGGGAUUAUAUUUUCAUACAAACCAGUUAACUGGCCCACUUCCAGCAGGAAUUGGCAGCCUUCCAUUGGUUAAACUAUCCCUUCACAGCAACCGCUUAACUGGCACGAUUCCCGACUCUGUUAGCAAGCUCACCGAUCUUCGAAGCUUAUUGCUUGAUCAGAACAGGCUGACUGGCUUCAUACCACCAGCGCUAAGCAGCCUUGAAUUUUUGACAGCAUUGAGACUUAACCAAAAUGGCUUUUCUGGACACAUUCCAUCUACUAUCGGACGUAUGAGGAGCUUGACCGAGAUGUGAGUAUGGGUAAAAACUAGACAUGAGCAAAACCGGGUAAUUACCUGACCCGGCCCGGUUUUGCACUACCCGCAAUCGGGUCAGGGUCGGGUCGGUCAGGUAGUUACCGGGUAAUCUCUGAAAGUCUGCUACCCGACCCGGCAUUUUAAUACCGGGUAAUUCGGUACCUGUGUGACGGGUCGGAAAUGCCCGACCCGCUUUUAAUUGAAGUCGGGUAUUAUUACCCAGGUACCCCUAGAUUAGACAUGGGCA